AUGGUUGGAACUCUCGUCCUUACGCGCCACGGUCAGUCCGAGUGGAACAAGCUCAACCUCUUCACGGGCUGGAAGGAUCCUGCCCUGACGGAGCUCGGUCGCGAGGAGGCGCUUACGGGUGCUAAGCGUGUUGCUGCGACGGGCAUCAAGUUCGACGUGGCCUUCACCUCGGCUCUGCAGCGCGCGCAGACUACGCUGGGCAUCCAGCUCAAGGAGAUUGGUCAGGAGGACAUUACGAUCCACAAGGACCAGGCUCUCAACGAGCGCGACUACGGCGAGCUCUCGGGCCUCAACAAGGACGACGCGCGCAAGAAGUGGGGCGAGGACCAGGUGCACAUCUGGCGCCGCAGCUACGAUAUCCCCCCUCCCGGUGGCGAGUCGCUCAAGCUCACCGCGGAGCGUGUCUGGCCCUACUACCACAAGGAGAUCCUGCCCCUCGUCAAGCAGGGCAAGAACGUCAUCGUCGCAGCCCAUGGCAACUCCCUCCGUGCCAUGAUCAAGGAUAUUGAGAACAUCUCGGACGACGAUAUCGUCGGCCUCGAGCUCGCUACGGGCGUCCCCAUCCUGUACAAGCUCGACCAGGACGGCAAGGUCGUCUCCAAGGAGAUCCUGCAGGGAUAA